CUCCAAAUCCCUUAAACCCUCCGAAACCAGCAACGCCACAGCGCACAAGCCACCCGUCUCAUCCCUGUUCUCGAUACCGCCCCGCUGGGAGGCAGCUCAGUUCAGCUCAUCCAUGCAAGGAACCCAGAGCCCGGACCAGACGUGGCUCAGAUCAACAAUAACGUCACUCGAGCAAUGCCAUUCAUGAAUCCUGCAAUUUGCAAAUAGCCACGCUUGAUUCGUGGCUUGGCUUAUAUGGAAACGAAGCCCGUGAUUUUCCUAUGGCGCAGCAGCUGGGCUCGUGAUAGUACUGUUCGACAACGUCAGAGGAGAGCUAAGCCCGCGAGCAUCGGACUUUUCAUUGAUUCAUACAGCAGAUACUAUACAGAUGCGACUAGUCUACAGAUUUACAAUACCGCCUCAUAAUUAGCUCAAGGCGAUCAAGGGUCCAAGCUGCCAUGUCGAGCUGGGCCCAUAAGCACCAGCUUCUCCACACGUUUAUUUCAGCUCAGCUACCCUAGCUCUGGCCCAGUCUAUCGAAGCUCGACGCCCAGCUCUUUGACCAAAGCUUUGCGCACAUCCUCGUGGAAAGCGACGGCCUCAUCGUUAGUCAGAGUCCGCUCCAAGCUGCGGUAAACAAUGCGAUACGCCAUGCUCUUGCGGCCCGUCUUGGGGUGCGUGAACUCAUCAAUCAGGCGCACAUCCUCGACCACGUCACCCGCCACGUUACGGACAAUUUCCAUAACGUCGUUUUCAUGGAAUGUGCCCUUGGUGUUGCCACCUGCUGCUGUCGUGGAGCUAAGCCAGAAGGACACGUCUUUGGGGCAGGGAGGAUACUUGGAGAAGGGGACGAAGCGCUUCAAGUUAUCGAGAUUGUCGGUCACGCCCUCGAACUGGGAUAGGAAGCGCUUGUCUUUUGACCAGAAGAGGCGAAUGUCAGGGAUCUUGAAGAGAAGCAUGGCAAUGCGGUCGAUGCCAAUGCCAAAAGCCCAACCAAGUUGGUCAGGUACACCAGCGUUGAUGUAGAUAUCCUGCUUGACCACACCACAGCCCAGUACCUCGAGCCAGUCACCGGCAUAGUAAACCUCCAGCUCCCAUGAGGGGCUGGUAAAGGGGAAGUAAGCUUCUACCCAUCGCAUUUGCAAAGGCUCGUCCACGAAGUUGGGGUCAUCUUUGAUGGCAGUAGCCUUGGCCCGAGAGAAGAUAUCGACGACCAUGUUUUCUAAUGACCUCUUGAGAUGAGCACCGAUAGCCUCAGCCUCAGCAGCUGUGUGAUGAGCAUCUUGGAGAGGGUUUGUCUCAGGAUGCAUAGGAGGGUUUGGGUCAUCGACCUUGACUCCAUGAACGGGUAGCUUCUCAAAGUCCUUCCAUACCGCAGCAGCAACAUCACCAUUGGGAACCUUGGUACGAUCCCAUGACAUUGCACCCUCCAUCUGAUGGAACACGGGAUAGUGGCUGCGGUCAAUGGCAUCUCGUCUGUAUACAUCGGCAGACACAAGGUACCCCGCGCUCUGGUUAGCUCGGAAUGUGUCGGCCUGGUGAGCACUCGUAUGCGUUCGCAGUAGUGUUUCGCUAUUCAAGUAGUAUGUAUCGGACAGGGCGCGGCCGGGAUGGUUCGCGGGAAAUCCUAACGAAUCGAAGUUCUGAGCUGUCGACACCACAGGGCUGAACUCAUUGUGAUACUUGAACGUCGGCUCAGGGAAGUUGGCCUGGAUAAUCUGGCGGGUGAUGGACACAGGGUGAUCUUUCAAGAGGUGAAGUUUCCUUGCAGUGGCCUCGAGGACAUUGUCGGGUACGUUGAACCAUUGAGGAUCGGUCUUGAUGGUCUGGUCGCGGAUAGUCACGGAGCCUGGAGUUCCCGUCGGGCGUGCUGCAACAAGGCCGAACCAGUCAGCGAGACGUCCAUGCAAGUAAUGGACUGGAAGUAGACCGACCCGACGAGUAAGUCCUCGCGGCGCAAGCUGUUGGUAGAAGAAUAGAGCUUCGGGGAAGCUGGGCAGGUCGCGGGGCAGAAACCCUCAGGCACCGCAUGCCCUGGACGUAGAGUCUCAUUCUGAAGACUUGUGAAGCUCGACAGUUACAUUACAGGCCGAACGGGCCACGCAAUAGACGCCAAUGGCUGGUUGCUUUAUCGUAGAUUGAAUACUCGAACGCCGAAAGUGGUUCCACGAUUGGUUGGUUGUAUCACCAAAGCUGCAAAAAUGUUCGGCGUUCGGCCUUACAGCUCCUCCGGAUAUAACCAAUCCAAUGCAGUUCACUCACAAUUAAAUUCAACUUCAGCUCUUCUCCAACGGCCUCGCAUAGAGAUAGCAUUACAACCUAGCGCAUCCUGCGUCGCUUCGGCGACUUGACAGCCGAUCCCGCUCCGAUUGUCCGGUUACAGUAGCUAAACACCGGGCCAAUUGAUAACUUUCCGCGAUGUCGGUAGCAACAGCUGAGGCUCAUGCACUUAAAAAAAGCGAGCCCUUGCUGUAGUAGUAAUCAUAACUAACCGACCUUUUUCUUUUUUCACCUUCCCACAUCAUCCACUUCCAUUCUUAUCUCAACUUGGCUCAACUUAACUUACAGUCAAGUCAAGUCAAGUUAUGGAACCUUCAGUCGAUCGACAUUGAGCAGCUUAACUUUAGAUAGUCUAAGCUAAACUCGUCCUUUUCCCAGUAUUUUGCUUUGGCUUGUGAAACUAAAAAAAAACCAACCCACGUCUUGGCUACCAGCCAGGAAGCAAUGAGCAAAUCGACGGAGAUGGCGCCUGUAAAGACAGGAAAGGCGACGGCUGAUGCGAAGAAGACGACGAUAAGAUACCCCUUUUGGUUUGGCGGAAGUGCCAGUAGCAUGGCAGCUUGCGUUACACAUCCUUUGGAUCUUGUCAAGGUUCGUCUUCAAAUGCGCACAGGCAAUGCGCCCAAGAACAUGGUCGGCACGUUCGUCCACAUUCUUCGUCACGAUGGUCCUCUCGGUCUUUACAGCGGUAUAUCCGCCUCUCUCUUGCGCCAGAUGACAUAUUCAACCGUGCGAUUCGGUGUCUACGAAGAGGUCAAGACACGUCUUACACGCCGUAACGAAGGUCGCGAUCCAUCUUUCAUGACACUCGUUGCCCUAGCCGCUGGAUCUGGUUUCGUAGGAGGCAUUGCUGGAAACUUUGCCGAUGUUCUCAACGUGCGCAUGCAACACGAUGCUGCGCUUCCUCAUGCUGAGCGCCGAAACUACCGUCAUGCUUUUGACGGUAUGGUCCGUAUGGCGCGUGAGGAGGGGCCCAAGAGUAUGUUCCGUGGAUGGUUGCCCAACAGUGGCCGUGCCAUGUUCAUGACUGCUGGUCAGCUUGCCAGCUACGAUGUCUCAAAGAGUCUGCUUCUCCAGUAUACGCCCAUGGAGGAUAACCUCAAGACUCACUUUACUUCCUCGUUCAUCGCUGGUUUGGUCGCUGCUACUGUAACAAGCCCUAUCGACGUCAUCAAGACUCGUGUUAUGUCUUCAGCAUAUGAUCACAACAUCUUGCACCUGAUUCGCGACAUUCACCGAACUGACGGUCUUAUGUGGAUGUUCAAGGGCUGGGUUCCCAGCUUCCUCCGACUCGGACCACAAACUAUUUGUACAUUUGUCUUCCUAGAGAUGCACCGAAAGGCCUACCGCAAGGUCAAGGGCUUGGAUACUAACCUGUAGACUUGACAUGACAUGAUAGACCAAGAAGAUGGGCAUGCUUUGGCGUUUUCGUUUUGUCGUUUCGUCACGUAAGAGCGGCGAUCAUCCUGUUGGCGUUACUGCUUUGUUACUCAAGAUCUCUUACACGAGCAUCUUGUGUAGGAACCUGGUUUGUAAAACAUACUCAACAUAGAGGAGGAUAAGGAUGGGUAUAGAAAUUAGCAUUGUCGUUCAAAGCACUAAAAUGUAUACAUCGUGCCAACAUUGUCUCCUGAAAAAAAGAUCCCAUUCUAAGUCCGUG